CAGUAUGGUCCUGCAAAGAACAGGACGGAUGGUCACCCGCUCUCAGUCGUCUUCCUUUCACAAAAGUUUGCGCAUGCGGCCAGCAUCGACACAGAUGAUGACUAUGAACCGCGCCAUUUGACCAACGACCAAUCGUCUUUUUUUCAGUCGCAAUCGGACUCACCAUUCUCACAAGACGUCCCGAGGGCUGAAUAUAUUAGACGAGUAGGACGCUUGGAUACCAACAAAUGGAAACAAACCAAUCGCUUGAAGAUUAGCACUGACUCAAGUUCUUCGGACUCUGCUUCCGAGUCAGAAUCUGAGAGCCGUGAUGUCAACUCAGACUACGAUGACGACGAUGAUGAUGGCGAUGAGUACUACGAAGACAGCAGCGAGGAGAGCAGCACCGACAGUAGCAGCAGUGAGUCAGCGCCACGUUUAUUAUCGCAGUCAGCCUUCAAUCGCAUUUCGGAGACAUUGGGUGCAUUGAACACUAUGGGUCACCUGCUGGUGGACAUAACGCGCGGUGGCCAUGAACAAAAGCCAGAAACAGCAGAAGCGUCGGCGGCGAGUGAGGUCGGUGGUAGCAGUUUGGGUGAGUCUGGUACUAGCGUCGUGAGCACCAGAAGUCCUACGAGUACUACAACGACAACGACAGCAGCACCGUCUAGAAAAUUCAAUGACAUCGGUCCAACAGCAAAGAUUAUAGCGCCACUGCCACAUCAAAGUAAUUCGAUUACAGAGCAAAAGGUGACGGGAUUGCUGACGGCGGAUAGGCGUGUCGAUGAGCCACUCACGCCUGUGAAGCCAAUGUUUGUCGAAACCAAGGAGACGAAGAAGAAGAAAAAGAAGAAGAAGAACCGAAACAAGGUUAAAAAACCAGCGACAGCAGACUCAGCAACCGGACAAUCGCAACAACUAAACAAAGCGCCCACCACGCUGAGACCCACCUCGAUCGCGCCGCCAACCACCAGCACCCACAUUGCAAGCGAUCGCGUCGACCAAGUGGCAGUCCCCACUGAAGACAUAUCGGCCAAAGAUGUGGAGAACUAUUGCAAAACACCCAGCGGACGUCCAGGUCGCUGCGAAGAUUUAAGCAGCUGUCCAGCUUUGCUGCUAAAUUUAAGUAGCCUACGCGAGUCGCUCUGCUUUAAGAGCCUAUUUGUGCCAGGUGUUUGCUGCCCAUUGCCGGAAUCCUCAACAGUAUUGACAACGCAACGCCCACUCAAGCUGAGCACAAAAGCACCGACCACGGCGCUUACAACGAAGCGGCCCACAACACAACGUCCAUCGUCCUCACCGAGUUUGGUGCUGAUACCACAACUCAAGCCUUCAACAACAACCACAACAACGAGCACACCAAAUCCGCUGGGAAAUGAACUUGAACUCAUAGGCAACAACAAUAUUAUUGAUCCAGAAGAGUGCGGCCAACAGGAAUACUCGUCGGGACGCAUUGUGGGUGGCGUUGAAGCGCCGAAUGGGCAAUGGCCGUGGAUGGCGGCGAUCUUCUUGCAUGGUCCCAAACGUACUGAAUUCUGGUGUGGCGGCUCACUCGUCGGCACGAAGUACAUUUUGACGGCGGCGCAUUGCACGCGGGAUUCCCGACAGAAACCCUUUGCAGCGCGACAAUUCACUGUGCGAUUGGGCGAUAUCGACUUGUCAACCGAUGCGGAGCCCUCAGCGCCGGUCACCUUUGCUGUGAAGGAAGUGCGUGCGCAUGAACGUUUCUCACGCAUUGGCUUCUACAACGACAUCGCUAUUUUGGUGCUUGACAAGCCGGUGCGUAAGUCGAAAUACGUCAUACCGAUUUGUUUGCCGCGUGCCGGACGUGCGCCGCCCAAGGAACGCUUGCCCGGCCGACGUGCAACUGUGGUUGGUUGGGGCACAACCUACUAUGGGGGCAAGGAAUCCACGACGCAACGGCAGGCAGAGUUGCCUAUUUGGCGCAAUGAAGACUGCGAUCGUUCGUAUUUCCAGCCCAUCAACGAGAACUUUGUGUGUGCCGGCUACUCGGACGGUGGCGUGGAUGCGUGUCAGGGCGACUCGGGUGGUCCACUUAUGAUGCGUUUUGACUCGCGUUGGGUACAACUCGGCGUAGUGUCGUUUGGCAACAAAUGCGGUGAGCCUGGCUACCCUGGCGUUUACACGAGGGUUUCGCAGUACUUGGAUUGGAUACGGGACCAUACGCGUGACUAAAGCGACACAGUGUUUACUUAUUAAAGAUGUUAAUUUAGUUCUAAACGGUUUCUACAUAUUUAAUUUAAACAAUGUUACGAAUCACUAGUCUACAUAAUUUUUUAUGUGCGUCGCGUAUUUAGUCUCGAUAUUUAUUAACAUUUCCGAAAACCAUUGUAGUUUGUACAUACAUAAUGCAUAAAUUAUUGACAAGUUAAUAUACGAUAAUGUUAAAAUUACUUAGAGUUAUCGACAUUAUCUUCUUUAUUGAUUUUCGAAAAUCAAGUUUAGAUUCAGAGUUAGUCUGAGAGUUUU